AUGGCGACCGCCGGCGAUACGCAUUUGGGAGGGGAGGAUUUUGACAACAGGAUGGUGAAUCACUUCGCGGCUGAGUUUAAGCAGAAGCAUAAGAAGGAUAUUGGCGGGAAUGCGCGGAUUGAUUUCUACGCCACGAUUACUCGUGCGAGGUUUGAGGAAUUGAACAUGGAUUUGUUUCAAAAAUGUAUGGAGCCGGUGGAGAAAUGCUUGAUCGAUGCUAAGAUUGACAAAGCCCUGAUCCACGACGUCGUUUUAGUCGGCGGGUUGACGAGGAUUCCGAAGGUGCAGCAGCUGCUUCAGGAUUUCUUCAACGGGAAGGAGCUUUGCAAGAGCAUCAACCCGGACGAGGCGGAGGCGUAUGGCGCGGCGGUGCAGGCGGCGAUCCUCAGCGGUGAGGGGCAUCAGAGGGUGCAGGAUUUGCUUCUGCUCGAUGUCACGCCGCUCAGCCUCGGGAUCGAGACUGCCGGGGGCGUGAUGACGGUUUUUAUCCCGAGGAACACCACGAUUCCGACGAAGAAAGAGCAUAUAUUCUCGACCUACUCGGACAACCAGCCCGGGGUGCUGAUCCAGGUCUACGAGGGCGAGCGGCCGAUGACCAAGGACAACAACCUGCUCGGGAAGUUCGAGCUCAACGGAAUCCCGCCGGCGCCGAGGGGAGUGCCGCAUGUGAAUGUGUGCUUCGACCAAGGACGGAUCCAGGAAUGUAAAUGGAAGGGGGAAAAAUUAUAUGUAUAG